AUGGAGGAGGUCCUAGCCGAGAUGGACCCGAAAGAUAAUACCCUGCUCGCACCCGUACAUAUUCCUGAAGAUGCGAAUGCUGUUCUCAAGGCCGGCCAUCCUGCUACCGAUAUUCUGUCGCAGUCGGGCAUUGUGAUACAGAGGCAAAUCGAGAUUGGAAGUCUACUAGUAGGGUUUGAACAAGCCAACCGCUAUGUCAUACUCGACCCACACGGUAACCACAUUGGGUUCAUGGCCGAACAUGAUGGAGGCAUUGGAAAGGGCAUGGUCAGGCAACUAUUCACAACACACCGUGCGUUCACUACCCAUGUUUUCGAUAGACAUGGUAAAGAGGUUCUGAGGUUCCACCGUCCGUUUUCGUGGAUCAAGACAUGUAUACGGGUGUAUGAUCCUCAAGCAGCUUCUCCUGGCCUUGAGACGUCCUCGUCCACGGCCCUAACUCCAGCAACCGACCCAGACCUCACAGCUAUGCAGCAACUAUCACCCAUCCCGCUGGACGAGAUGCGUGUCAUUGGCGAAGUCCAGUCGGAAUGGGCACCUUUGCGACGAAAAUACAACUUGUUCCUCUCGCAUUAUCCAAUGUUGAGCGAUGCUGGACCCGGAGCAAUGUCAUCUACGAGUGUUGAUGACUUGUCCAUUAUGCAGCAGCAACAGUCCGCGCAAAAGCACGGACCUACUGGUGUCGUGGAGUUCGCCCAGUUUGCAGUAAUCAAUGAACCCUUCUUGUCCUGGGACUUCUCCCUGCGAGAUGAAGAUAAUCGACUCAUCGGUUCUAUCAAUCGCAGUUUCCGUGGCUUUGCUCGGGAGUUGUUCACGGACACUGGCAGUUACCUUCUGCGUAUGGAUGCUGCCGGUAUGGAAGGAGAAGCGCAGCAAAGCCAUGGUGCCUCGUCAGGAGCACAGACUGAGCCUGCAUAUGCAGAAGCUUUGGGCGGGAACGAAGACAAAUAUGGGUUGACACUGGACCAAAGGGCAGUGAUGCUGGCAACGGCUGUUAACAUCGACUAUGAUUAUUUCUCCCGCCAUAGUGGACAUGGAUUUAUGUUUCCCUUUUGGAUGGGAGGCGGCGGCGAAGCUGCAGGAGCAGGAGCUGGUGCUGGUGCUGCCGGAGCCGGUGAAGCCGCUGGAACCGCUGGAGCCGCUGGAGCCGCAGGGGCUGCAGGAGCCGGCGAUGUUCUCGGUGGCGCCGCAGUAGGUGGAGCUGGUCGAGCAGUUGGAUCAGCAGCUGGAGAACUGGGAGCGGGAGAGGGAGCCAUCGCAGGUGCUGGGACCUUGGCGGGCUACGAAGCCAUGCAGAGAGGCCUCGGACGAGGCCCUCGAUCAACACCAGAAGCCGAAGUCAGCCCUCAAGAAUCGCCCUCUAGCGAACCAUAUGAUCCUUAUGGCCCUCAAUCCCCACCACCAGAAGCCAGUCCCCAAGAACAACCCUACGGUGAGCCUUACGAUCCUCAAUCUCCAGAAAGCGGCUUUGGUGGGCAGAAUGAAGCCGGUGAUGUAUGGGGUCCGGGAGAAUCAGAACCUUGGAGUGGAGAGAGCGGCGGAGCGGGUGAAUCUGGUGGAGGUGAGGGCGGCGGACUGCUGCAGAAGUUAUGGGAUUCGUUCUUCGACUGA